AUGAAUGUAUUCACAAAAAGAAGCUUCUUUUCCUUUUUUGUUGGAUCCCUUGUAGGACUAUGUUUUAGUUAUGCUCUAACUAAUAAGAAAAAUAUUAACGAAUUUAUAAAAUAUGCAAUAAAAUAUGUAACACAUAAAAAGAGUAAAAAAAAAACUAAUAAUAAUAAUAGUAUACCUGACGAAUGCCCAGGUUUAGAUAGCGAACACGCUGGUAAAUCUAAAGUUUGUGAAGGAUGUCCAAAUAGGAAAAUAUGUAAUGAUCCAGAAUUAAAAAAAGAAAAAGAAAAAGAAAGAAAUCAAAUAUUUAAUGAGGUACAAGAAAAUUUAAAAAAUGUCAAGUUCAAAAUUUUGAUAUUAUCAGGUAAAGGAGGUGUAGGGAAAUCAACUGUAGCUGCACAAUUAGCUUUUGCAUUAUCAUAUUUAAAUUAUGAAGUUGGAUUAUUAGAUAUAGAUAUAUGUGGUCCAUCAAUUCCAGUUUUAACUAAAACAAUAGAUCAUGAUGUAAAUUAUAGUAUGAAUGGAUGGGUACCAAUUUAUAAAAAUAAUUUAUCAAUAAUGUCUGUAGGGUAUUUAUUACCAAAUUUUGAUGAUCCUGUUAUAUGGAGAGGUCCUAAAAAGAAUGGAUUAAUAAAACAAUUUUUAUGUGACGUAUACUGGAAAAAUUUAGAUUUUCUUAUUAUUGAUACACCACCAGGAACUAGUGAUGAGCAUUUAACUAUUUGUUCUUAUUUAAAAGAUAAUUUAGAUGGUUGUAUAAUAGUAACUACUCCUCAUAUAUUAUCUAUAUGUGAUGUUAAAAAAGAAAUCGAAUUCUGUAAAAAAACAAAUAUUCCAAUAUUAGGUAUUGUUGAAAAUAUGUAUCAAUCAAUUUUUGUAUCAAAUUAUACAGUAAAAAAAAUGUGCUCUGAUAUGAAUGUGCAUUAUGCUGGAAAAGUUACAUUUCAUCAAAAUCUAAUUGAAGCUUGUCAACAAGGUGUUGGGUGUUGUGAUAUAGAUCCAUAUAGUUCUUCAUCUAAAGAAUUAUUUCAUCUCUGUAAUAUUCUUAUACAGCAAAUUCAAAAGAGAUACAUGUUACUACAAAUGGGUACGAAUAAUGAUAAUAAUAAUUUCGUACAUCAAAAUAGUAAUAAUCAAAAACUGACAUAUAAGGAAGAAGAAAAUGAAACUAAUCUCAAUAAAAAUUCUAAUAAAUUAAGUAAAUAUAAUGAACUAAAUUAUGACCAUGUUAAUUUAUCAAAACUUCAAAUGCUAGAUAAAUUGUUAAGUGAAAUAAAUCCGUUCCUUGAGGAGAAAAAUGAAUAA